UGCAAUUUAUCCCAAUUCCAAAGCCCUUAAAAUCCUGAUCUCCUUUCCUUUACCGUGCUAAACUAGCGUUAAACAAUAUAUUACGUUCCUAACCGGACUGUUAGAAAACCUCGCCUGAAUUCCCGCCAGAAAUCAAAUCACCAUAAGCCGUGAAAUUCCCCAGCUACCGAAGCCCACGCGAUUGAACUUUGAGUGCAUGAACAAGGCGUGUCGACUCGAAUUCCUAAUUAGGAACGUUCCCCGUAGUUCACUUCAAAGACGCGCUUCCUCCUGCUAUCAUUCUGCUGCAAACCCUAAAUCACCGAACUUCACUGCCUAUGAAGAUGAAGUCGAAGAAGGUGGCUAUUCUAUUUAUCGACAUGUUCUCCGACGCCAGCGGCCAACCACCAUAGUAUGGCAACCUCAACUGGAGAAUUCUGUCAGCUUUAUCGGACGCGUUGAUCGGCUUCCUGAGCUUUACAAGACGAAGAGCGACAGCUUUGGGGCUUAUACCUUUAUAAAUGUGGGAAACCCCAGUAUGUCAAAUUGCACGUUCAGGAUAAAAAUGGAUAUGUGGGGCGAUAUGGCAAAAACGGGUCUCCAAUAUCUGAAGCAAAAUGAUACUAUUUAUGUUUCAGGCCAUUUAAGGUCUGAAAAGAAGGCCGAUCAGAAUGGAAAUCUCAGAUCACUUUAUAAGAUUAUUGUUAAGGAAUUGAAUUAUGUUGCCCAACAUGAGCAAGGCUCAAAUUUCCAAAAAUCUGAUGAAUCACAGUUAAAAGCCUUCCGAAAAUCAGAGGAGUCACAAUCAAAUGCCAGAAAAAAUUCAGAGAAACCACAAUCUGGAGAAGGUGAAACUGGCAUGGAAAGUUGCACAGACCGCUUUUACUUGUGGCAAAUGUUUUUUUGUAAGCCACAUGAAUGGUGGGAUAAGAGGAAAAAUAAACAAAAUUCAUCUGCACCAGAUUUUAAGCACAAGUUCACUGGUGAAAAACUUUGGCUGAAGCCAGAUGACCCACCAUGGGUCAAACAACAACUCCAAUUGCUUGAUAUGGAAAUAGCCAAACAGAGGACUGCACAAGGCAUUGGUGAAACUAAUAUGGACAGGCAUCACUUGUGGCAAGUGUUUUUCAACAACCCACAGGAAUGGUGGGAUAACAGGAAAGAUAAGAGAAACUCACGGGCACCAGAUUUUAAACAUAAGGACACUGGUGAAGCUCUUUGGUUGAGACCAGAUGAUCCCCCAUGGAUAAAACGACAGCUUCAAUUUCUAGAUUCAUUGACAGAGCAAUGCCAAGGGGAAAGCAUAGGUUCUUGUUCUCAUGUCUCCCAGUGGAGGCUUGAUGACUAGGAACUAGUCUUGAGGACUUAAAAGUGGAACAUAUAGUGUUAAUGGGGUUAUAAUACAGUAUAGAUACGUGCUUGCAUUUCCUUUUUGCUUAAUCUACCUCCUAUUUGCUGGUGUAUAUUUACUGAAUACACAGUUUAACAGCUCACUCAUAGCUCAUUAUGCUUAGGACAAGACCAACAAAUAUCUUUGAAAUUGAUGUACAUUAAACAUUGACAUAUAGAUUGAGAUUGUCGUAUAAAAUAGUACAAUGAAGCCAUCCAUGCAUGGUGGAAUUUGAAACAGAA